AUGACCACUCAUCUGAGCAAACAUACAGCUCUCAACUCAGUGCCCGUACAUCGCUCUUCUCAUCCUCGUAACCUCCACUCUAACCAUUCUCCGUCUGGUGGGCCGGGGUGGAGCAUUGCUCACGCGUGGAUGUUGGCGUUCAGUGGGAACUGUGCGAGCGCCAGGGAGUGGGGCGCUCCGUACAAUAGGGGGGGGGGGUGUCGGUCUCUCAAUUCGUCAACCAUCACCUCCUCGAGUCUUCCGUGCACCAGUCUCUACGCACGCUGUUCCUUUCACCGAUUUCCUCCGGAAGUAUCCUCGAUCUUCAAAUUUCUCCAGGGGGUCACGGCUGCCUUCCUUCCCUCCCGCACUCAACAUCUGUACCCAUCAACAUCAUCCCUCUCACUGCAGUCAAUGCAAUUCUCUUCUCCUGGUCAGAGAUGUAUAUACGGCAACCUCCAACCCUCCCCCUCCGAAACCCUCUCAGGACGAGCGGUCCGCUCGCUCUCUCUCAAUACCACGCACAUCCAAAUCCCUCUCCUCAGAAGCCUCUCUACCUACUCCCGAUUUUCGAAUCCUCCAACCUCGUACAGCUCCGACCUCUAUUACAAUCCAUCCUCCCCGGCUCUCCCUAUCUCCUUGGCGCAUUCAUCUUAA